AUGAGCUAUCGCAUCGACCCGAUGCAGCUCCCCACGCAGCAACCAGAGCCCACCAAGGAACUGGACCACGGCAGCUGCACGCCCGACUCGGAUACAGGAUCGCUCAAGCUGCGCGACAUCCUGAACCCGGCGCGAAGUUCCCAGUUCGACCUGGACGACGAGUGCGAAGUCGAUUACGACGAGGAAUAA